AUGGGUUCUUUACAGUCGAAAGUCGACGUUGAUACCAUACAUAACGAGGUAACUUCCACACCAGUUAUGAUCUACACCAAGGACGGUUGCAGUUUCUGUACGAGAGCGAAAGAAUUGUUGAACAAAGAGAAAAUAGAAUAUAAGGAAUGUAAUGUAGAUCGAUUAAAGGAAGAGAAUCCAAAAGAAUAUAAACCUCGUGUAAAUGGAUUGGUGUAUAUGACGAAGCAGACAACAAUGCCACAAGUUUUCAUAUGUGGACGUUUUGUUGGUGGAUUUACGGAUCUCGAUAAGUUACGUGAAACGCGGAAACUCUGGGAAGAAUUGGCGCAGUGCACCGGUGAAAACGAUCCCAGACGAGAGAAAUGA